GAACCAAAAAAAAAAUUAAAAACCAACCAAAAAACUCUUAAAGUACCCUUCCUCUUCUUCCUCCUCCUCCUUCGUCGUAGUCGUUGUCAUCGCGGUGGUGACGAUCGGCGAAAGGGAAAUUCAUUUUAUCUCAAUAAGAAAGGAAAGAAAGCUCUGCAGUGAAAAAAAUGGCGUACAGAAGAAGGCAGGGGAUGUCGAGAGCGUCAACUUUCAAGGAGGAGAUUAUCCAUCGCCCACCUGAUGACAAUUCUGCUUCCAUUUUGCAAUCUUCGUCUUCUUUCUCUGGUUCUUCGUCUCUCGCUGCUCAGGCCAUUCGUGCUUCCGCUCUCUCCGCUGAGCGCAACAACAACCGAUCCAAGGAUUUUUCUGCAUAUGAUGAAUCGGCCACAAAAUCUGGGUUUUGGGGUGUUCUGGCUCGCAAAGCUAAAGCCAUUCUUGAUGAGGAUGGUGAGUUUCUGCAAGAUGAUAUGCUUGGAGGCGUCAGCUCACAGUCCUCCAAUGCCUCCACUGGCACCCAGUUCCAACAACCCCAUCUGUCAUCUGACAACUCUGUAAGAAUGGAAAAUCCUGCAAUCCGCAAGGGCUUGGACAGAAUCACAACUUCCCUCAAUCAGCUUGGUGACACUUUCGAGAAGGCUUUUGAGGAAGGUCGUACGAUGGUGGAGAACAAGACUGCCGACAUCAAACUGCAAAUUAAACGAAGGGGAGACCAUCCUGAGGCACAAGCUUAUUAUGUGAACCAGAGCAAUUCAGGGCAGCAGCCUAAGAACCCUGAUACUCAACUUAAGGCAUCACGCGACGUUGCAAUGGCAACAGCUGCCAAAGCAAAAUUACUUCUUCGGGAGCUGAAAACUGUUAAAGCAGAUUUGGCUUUUGCAAAGGAACGAUGUUCUCAACUAGAAGAAGAAAAUAAACGCCAUCGUGAGAAUCGUGACAAGGGAAACCACCGAGCAGAUGACGACUUGAUCCGCCUUCAACUGGAGACACUGCUGGCGGAGAAGUCACGCUUAGCGAAUGAGAAUUCAGUUUAUGCUCGCGAGAAUCGGUUCCUAAGGGAAAUUGUUGAAUAUCACCAGCUCACAAUGCAGGAUGUUGUGUAUUUAGAUGAUGAAGAAGUUACAGAAGUUUACCCCUUAACCAGCUCCACCGGGGUCUCCAGGAUGCUUUCCAUUUCCCCGCCCUCAACACCUCCUUCCCCGCCUCCGGAGGACCCUUCACCUGUAACCGCACCAGUUACUGAAGAAAUAUCACCUCUCCUCACCAAGCCACAAGAAAAUAAAGAUGUUUCUGCAAAUGAGGCCACACCAAGUUCCAAUGUCUCAGGUCCUAAUAGAGAAGAUACUAAAACACCUUCUUCAGCAGAAGCUGCUACUAAAACACCUCCUAUAGCAGAAGGAGCUACUAAAUCACCUUCUGUAGCAGAAGCUGACCCUAAAACACCUCCUACAGCAGAAGCUUCUCCGAAAACACCUUCUGUAGCAGAAGAUACGAAAAGACCUCGAGCUUCUGCAUAAGCAACGUUGUUCGUUUUCAUUAAAGAUUUAGAGUAGCAUUUGUUAUUUUUUGUUCUUCCUUUUUCUCUUGGAGAGGAGGAAGAAGAGGAGGGUGGAAGGGGGUAUUCUUCUUCCAAUUACAAUAUUAUUUGUGGAUGUAAUAUUCCGUUUGAGGUUGGGUUGUUUCUACUAGUGCCCUGUGUACCUCUUAGUACAAGAUCAAAUAUUGUCCAUUGUCUUCCUUGUACAAUCGGUGCACCAUUUUUGUUCCUGAGUUUUCAGAUUUCUUAUUUGAUUUGUAUUGAUUUGUUCUGAAUAA